CUGAAAGUCUUUCUCCGUUCCUUUCCUUUUAUUCUCCAGAAAACUAGGGAGGGUCCCCUCUGAAACUCUUCCCACACCAUCCCCCCUUCUCUGGCUGAGAUGUCUUUGAUAUGCCAGUUGUCCUGUCUGCAGCUCUCCCUCCUGUCUCUGAAGGUCAUUCCCACAGACCAUUACAGAAGCUCACUGAUAGUCAAUGCAAUUCCCGCAGUAGCAGUAUUAUUACCUGGGGAAACCUAGGUAUGCCCAUAACUUUUUGAGCUGCUAUAUGUUAAACCAGCCAAAGCUUCCAAAUAAUCUUCAAGGGCAGCUCCAGGUAGAGCAAGAUGCAGUAAUCCAGAUGCAAGGUGACAAUGGCAUGAGUGACCAUGAUGAAGACCUCCUGCCCCAGGUAUGGCUGCAAGUUGGCCAUGGAUUCUACUGGGCGGCCGUCCAAGACUGUGGGCCAGCUCUGUCCAGGAGAGUGGAGCCCCAUCCGGAGCUAAGGAUGGACUCACUCUGGAAUUAGCCAGCUUUUGAAUCCACAGCUAUUCCACCUUGGUGAGAUGAAGUCUAACCCUGUUUUCUCCAUCCAGAUGCUAACAAUCUGCAUGGAAGGACCUAAACAGCAUCUCCUGUCCAGGCCAGAAUGGAGAUGUAUAACUGGGUAUCAUCUGCACAUUGCUGAUCCCUUACCCUCUGAGAUGACCUCUCCCAGUGGCUUCAUUUGGAUGGAUUGAGGCUGCUGAUUUGGGAAGGUUCUGUUAUAUAGUUACAUAUCUAAUACUUUCCCAUACUGCUUCAGGUCAAUUGAUCAGGUGCCCUUUUAGAGCCUUUCAUGUUGAAACCAAAACCUUGAACCUGUCUCGUUAGGUUUUGAAUCGUCUUCCCCAUUUGGGUUUUCACUGUGAUUUUAAUUGUGCUAGCUUCUCAGAGGGGAAUUCACUGGCAAAAAGGGGACUAUGAACCCAGUGAAUGACUCCUCUCUGUUCUAACAGGGUCCGGAAUGGCUUCGCGGAAUCGGUUGAGUUUGCCCUUCCUGUCCAGAACAAACCAAGGAACCAAGAGACCUUCAGCUCUGGACUCCAGUUUGGAGAAGACGCUGAAGCAAGGGUGGUUGUCCCCACUGCUGAGCCAGGGAGCAAUAACAUUAUGUGCUCUGGAAUUGUCUGGGUCUUGCAGAAUCAGGUGACCUUUGAAGAUGUGGCCGUCUACUUCUCAGAGGGCCAGGCGGGGCUGCUGGAUCCUGACCAACGAGCCUUGUACAGAGAGGUCAUGCUGGAGAAUUACCGACAUGUGGCCUCGUUGGGGAUAUUCCCCAAGCCGGAACUGGUCUCUAAGUUGGAAAGAAAUGAAGAAUUGUGGGUGCCCACUUCUCUGGACUUGGAUGAAGAGAACUCAGACUACAGUUGCAGUAAGCCAGCAAAGCAGCCUCAUUUUUAAAAAAUUAAAUGCAUUUAAUUCACCUUUGCAGGAAUGGGCUGUAUUCACACUACAAGCUUAGCCAGGUCAGUUACAUGGCAUGGUGAGGUUGCUUAAUGGUAACCUUGGAUAGUUUCUUUCUGAUUUAGCAAAUUGUGCAAAACCAGAGUAUGUGUUUGGUUCAUAAUCCAGAAGUGUGUGUAAAUACAGAAAAUUGCUUUAAAUGUUUUGUGCAAAGCCAGCCAGUGGGUUUUGUCAGAAUUGCUGUGUUUAUAACUUGCC